AUGAAUAUUCUCUCUUCUUUCUUGAGAAUUUUUUUGAUAGCUCUUUUUGCAUUGGCGAUGAUUGAGGCGUGUGCUCCUGGAGGACGUAAAAGUUCAUCUUCAAGUGGCGGCGGCGGCGGAGGCGGGUCAUCUGGAAGUGGAUCGUCUGAUAGUGGAUCAUCUGGUAGUGGGGGAUCUUCAUCAUCUGGGGGAUCUUCAAGUGGUGGAUCAUCUGAGCCAGAUACUGGUUCUGCAGCUGAAACUACUGCUGCUUCUGGAUCUGCAACUACUGCAGCAAGCGAAGAAACCACAAGUGCUCCAUAAAAUGAGAUAUUUUCAUUCACGCCAAUAUCCUGGUGAUUUUUUUAUUCUUAAAUAACUAAUACUUUGUAAAAAUUCAAAUUGUUAACGUGCUGAUAUUUUUAUUUUUAAAAAUUUUUUUGAACAAUUGGAUAAAUAAAUAAAAGUAUUUUGAAGGUUUUUUAGUCUUCGUGAGAAUGCGAAUCAUUUGAUCCAGGAGACGAAGCUGCAGAUGAGGAUGAAGAAGAAGAAGAAGAAGAUGCUGAUCCAGAUCUACCUCCUGGAGCACAUCCGUUUGCAAUUGAUGAAACAAUGAGAAUCCAUAAAAUAACUCUGAUGAAAUUGUAA